AUGGCGGCUGUGGAGGAGACCGUUCAAACCAAUGGCGCCGCUGCGCCGGAGGACGCGGCUGCUAACGGGGAGGUUCAGGCGCGCAACUGGGGGACGGCGGAGGAGCAAGCUGCGCGCGGACGGGCGCCCGUGAAGAAGGAGUUCCUGAUGCCGCCAGGUGGCAGAAAAUCAUUGGCCGCCGCGGGCGGGAAUGGGGAGGCGGGGGGGAAGGAAGAGGGCGGGGGAGACGAGAGCGGGCAGGGGAAGGCGGGGGAGAAGGGAGGUUGUGGUUGGGGGAAGGACGGGAAGGGGAAGGGUGGUGGGGGGAAGGAGCAGAGGCUGAGCCAUCGAGCGAUGAAGAAGCAGCGGAAGCAGGCCAUGGCGUCUCAGCCGUGCAACACUGUAGCGCGUACAGGCGACCCGGCCUCGUGUCCGUUUGGCGCCACGUGUCGCUUCAGCCACGACCUCGAGAUCAUCCGCGCGCAGCUGCCGCCCACCCUGGACGGCACCUGCCCCUUUGCCGCCCUCCGCCGCCCCUGCCCCUUCGGCCUGGCUUGUCGUUUCCGGGACGAGAAGCACGGGAAGCUUCCAGGAAGCGGCGACGGGGGAGGAGAGGGCGGGGAAGGGGGUGGAGGGAAGGAGGAGGGGAAGGACGGCGGGAAGGGGAAGAGUAAAGGGGAGGAAGAGGGGGAGGCAGAGAGUGAGAAUAAGGGAAAGGAGGCGGGGGAAAAGGAGAGUGAGAAGGGGAGUGAGAAGGGGAGUGAGAAGGGGAGUGAGGAGGGGAGUGAGGUGAGGUACCCAGGGGAAGUGAACAUGCUGGAGAAGGGGCUUCAAUCGAAGCUGUGGAAGCGACAGCUGGACUUCCCCAGAGCCGUUGAUUCGCUGCAGCGGAUCGGAUGGACGCGCAAGGUGAAGCCAAAGGGGGAGGCCAGCCUCAUGCCUGACUUGGACGAGAACGAGCAGGAGGGGGACCAGGGGCGCAAGGUGAAGCCAAAGGGGGAGGCCAGCCUCAUGCCUGACCUGGACGAGAACGAGGAGGAGGGGGACCAGGGGGACGACGGGGAUGAGGGGGACGACGAUGGGGAAAACGAAGGGGGGAUGGCGGAGAUUGAGAGGGAGGGGCGGCGGAAGGGCGUGCUUGCAGCAGCAGCUACAGCCGCCAAGGAGACUGCAGCGGCAGCUGCUACAGCUGUGAAGGACACGGCUGUAGCGGCGGCUGAGACUGUUGGGAAAGCAGCUGUAGCGGCAGCAGAGGCAAUUGGGAAAGACACAGGGGCUAGUGUUAAAGAAGAGGGAAGGGUGGGGGAUGAUAAGGAGGUGAAGCUGCCCCACCGAGAGAAAAAACCCGUGGAUUUCAAGGGUAAACUCAUCGUCGCGCCUCUGACCACCGUGGGUAAUUUACCCUUCCGGCGCGUGUGCUGCUCGUUCGGCGCGGACGUUACAGUGGGCGAGAUGGCGAUGUGUGGUAACCUGCUGCAGGGGCAGGCGUCUGAGUGGGCGCUGCUGCGGCGGCACGAGAGCGAGAAGUGCUUUGGCGUGCAGCUGUGUGGGCCGCACCCGGAUAUGGUUGCCAAGGCCGCUGAACUCGUGGCUGAGCACUGCCAGGUGGGUUGCAGGGAGGGAGGAUGUGAGGAUGGUAGAUCGAUGGGGAGAGUGGGAGUGCAGCUGUGUGGGCCGCACCCGGAUAUGGUUGCCAAGGCCGCUGAACUCGUGGCUGAGCACUGCCAGGUGGGUUGCAGGGAGGGAGGAUGUGAGGAUGGUAGAUCGAUGGGGAGAGUGGGAGUGCAGCUGUGUGGGCCGCACCCGGAUAUGGUUGCCAAGGCAGCUGAACUCGUGGCUGAGCACUGCCAGGUGGGUUGCAGGGAGGGAGGAUGUGAGGAUGGUAGAUCGAUGGGGAGAGUGGGAGUGCAGCUGUGUGGGCCGCACCCGGAUAUGGUUGCCAAGGCCGCUGAACUCGUGGCUGAGCACUGCCAGGUGGGUUGCAGGGAGGGAGGAUGUGAGGAUGGUAGAUCGAUGGGGAGAGUGGGAGUGCAGCUGUGUGGGCCGCACCCGGAUAUGGUUGCCAAGGCCGCUGAACUCGUGGCUGAGCACUGCCAGGUGGGUUUCCCAAAGGUGUUAGAUGGAGGUCUGUUGGAGUGGGUCAGGUUAGAUGCGGGUGCGUCUGAUUGGGCGCUGCUGCGGCGGCAUGAGAGCGAGAAGUGCUUUGGCGUGCAGCUGUGUGGGUCGCACCCUGACAUGGUUGCUAAAGCAGCUCAACUCGUGGCUGAACACUGCCAGUCAAUCCGCGCCUCCCCUCCUUGGAAGCAGUGUCUGUUACCGGUUACUCCAUUCCUUGUUCGCAAGCAAUCACCCUCCUCCUUCCCUAUCAGAGUCUCGGGGUCGUCUCUGCUAGGCAAGCCGCAGCGGUUGGAGCAGGUGGGAUCGGGGUCGUCUCUGCUGCGCAAGCCGCAGCGGUUGGAGCAGGUGAUUAGAGCUACUGCGCUCGCGAUCGAUGUGCCUCUCACUGUCAAGAUGCGCACAGGAUAUGCCGAGGGUCACAACGUGGCGCACCGCUACAUCCCGCACCUGUUGGACUGGGGCGCUACAGCUGUGACCCUGCACGGCCGCACGCGCCAGCAGCGCUACAGCCGGCUGGCGGACUGGGAGUACAUCGGGGAGUGUGCGUCAGUCAAGCCGGCAGGGCUACAGUUCAUAGGCAACGGAGAUGUGAUGGCGUACACCGAUUGGAACGAGCACACGGCCAAUGGCAGCGCGACAUCUGUCGACUCAUGCAUGCUGGCACGCGGCGCGCUCAUCAAGCCAUGGCUGUUGACGGAGAUAACGGAGCAGCGGCAUUGGGACAUAUCAGCGGGGGAGCGGCUGGACAUGCUGCGCUCGUUCACGCGCUACGGGCUGCUGCACUGGGGCUCCGACACGCGCGGGGUCGAAACCACCCGCCGCUUCCUGCUGGAGUGGCUGAGCUAUCUGCACCGCUACGUGCCCGUGGGGCUGCUAGAGCUGCUGCCUCAGCGCAUCAACUGGCGCCCUCCUGGUUUCUACGGCAGGAAUGAUCUCGAGACUCUGUUUGGGUCUGACCAGCCGAACGACUGGCCCCACGACUGGGUGAGUAGUGCUCUCCCCUCCCUCCUCAUUCCCCACCUCUCCUCCCCCUCCCUCCCUCCCCCUCCUCUUCCCAACCCCCGUUCCUUCCCCCCUCCUGGUUUUGCAACCGAAAACGACCCUCUCCAAUUCUACUCGAGCCGCGACUGCAAUGUCGGAGUGCAGCAGCUCACAUGCCCCACGGACCGCAAUCCGCCCUUGCCCAGCACGCGAAACCCGUUCCCCUUCAUCCGCACGCCUAUCAAGUCUGUCAGUUGCCUAUACUGGCAGGACCUGACUAAAUUGUACACGUGUCCGGCCAACAGCCACCUCGAGACCAAGUGGGCGGGCGCCAAGUGCUAUUGCAACAAAGGCUUUGCCGAGAAGAACGGCGUGUGCGUCGACGUGUGCACGCCGCUCAACUGCGGUCCCAACUCGAACUGCUACGUGGCGAACGGAGCAGGCGUGUGUAACUGCACGGACGGUUACCGCAUGGUGAACAGCAAGUGCGAGGCUGUGGGCAACUCGGAUUUCAUGGAGCCGCACAACGACGCCCGUGCUGCUGUCGGUGUGCCGGCGCUGACGUGGAAUGACACUCUGGCUGCGGAGGCUCUGACCUGGAUCACAUCGCUUGCUACAACAGACAACACCUGCCGCACAGCCACCCGCUCCAGCGCCCUGACCUAUGGACAGAACCUGAUGACGACAAUUGGAAUCGGCCAAUGGACCGGCAGGAUGGUCGUGAACUCGUGGGUGGCGGAGAAGUCGAGCUACACCUACUCGCCUCUAAAUGGAGGGUGUGCAGCGGGCGCCAUCUGCUCGCAUUACAUCCAGAUCGUGUCUCGGGCAUCGACAGCCGUUGGAUGUGCCUCGUACACCUGUGCCGGUGCGGGGGCUCAGCUCUGGGCGUGCUUUUACUCACCCAAGGGACUUGCGAAGGGCUCGUAUCCGUAUUAG